AUGUCCAAGAAGAAACUUGUUCAAGGUGAUACUAUUGAGGUCACUCAAGUAUGUAGCUCUAUAAUCGAUAGAAAGGCUGCGGAAAAUAAAGAUGACCCCAGAGCAAUCACUAUUCCAUGCACAAUUGGGACACAUGAAUUUGCAAAAGCUCUAUGUGACCUUGGUGUGUGCAUCAACUUAAUGCCUUUUUUCGUAUACAAAAAAAUUUGUUUAGAUAUCCCAACGCCAACCUCUAUGCAACUCUUGAUAGAAGAUCAGUCUAUUAUAAGGCCGGUGGUCAUAUUGUUUGACGUCCUUAUGAAUGUGGACAAGUUUAUUCUCCUAGCAGAUUUUGUGGUAUUAGAUAGUGAAAUGGACCAAGAGUUGCCUAUCACUCUUGGUCAUCCUUUCUUAGCUAUUGUGAGAGCCAUUGUCGAUCUAGAGUUGGGGGAGAUGAAAUUUAGAGUGCAAGAGGAUAUGGUCUCUUUCAAAAUUUACAAGUCAAAGAAGCAAACUGCGGAGUUGCAAGUAGUAUCCAUGGUGGAUGUUGAAAAUGAGAAUAUGAAUGAAGAGGAGUUCAAAGACCCACCUUAA